UUGAACGAGUAGCUCCGCACGGAAAUAUAUCGACCAUCACGGCGAACUUUCGUCCCGUCUUCACGUCGGAUCGAAUUUCUCGGCGCUGUUGACAUCAAAACGUUUGAACUUAUCGCACACAGUGUCUCGGAUAUUGACAACACAGAAGGAAUACUGCAGGCGUGGAUUGUACGUCGUUUUAGAGACGAAAAACUACCGCGACUCAAGGCUUUCUGAUUUGGGACACUUGGUUUGGGACGUCCCGUACUAAGAACACUUUUAGUUUCUUGAGUCUACGGAUUUAAACUGUGCUCCUUACGUGGUGAACGUCACACGAUGGUGAGCUAAAUAGUCCCCAGACUUCUAAAAGACUUGAAAGUGACUCUAGGGAGCGAAAAAUCCAACUUUCUGAGAUGUACAGGUAGCGGAAACCGCGAGUCGAAGAUGUCAGAAAGUUCCUCUAUAGGCACCAACAGUAGCAGUGGUCUGGGAACCAUCCAGAGUUCCCAGUCUGGCUCCAGUGACUACAGUGACAUCAGUGGCACCACAGUCCCUCUCAUCCUGGUCACCUCACACAGGGAUGACUCUACCAGCAAACUGGGCAGUCAGGCAUCCUUCAAACAGCUGCCAGCCAACAGAUACUGCUACACAUCCUGGCACGAGGUAAAAAAUGCAGAAGUCAAGGGUGACCAGCUCAACUGUCCACGGAUCAGAGAAGGUCCGAGAGAAAAAGAGCGUACGUUUUACUCCCUCCGUGACGAGGAUGGGAACCUGGUCCACCAUGACAGGAGAGGGAAGAAACGCAUGGACUACAGGAACAAGAUGGAGAACUGGGAAAAUGCAGUGUCUGUCAACUUGUCCUUCCAAGACCUGGGCGACGCCUACCAGCGUGAGAACUUUGUCAGAGUCUUAAAGAGACUGAUCAGGACGGAGGAGUUACAGCUGAUGGACAACUCACUAACGGACGUACACACUGUUUCCUUGCCAAGGUGUAAAUAUUUGAAUUUGAGCAGAAAUUUCAUCCCGUCAUUUAAGAAGUUGCCCAGGUUACCGGUGGUGGAACACCUGUAUCUGGAACAGAACAACAUCAGUUCGUUGGACGGUUUGGAUGUUUUGAGACGAGCCCCGCUCCAGUCCCUCCAUCUCAGGAGUAACCCUGUGUCUUUCUCUGUCAACUACAGGCAAAGAGUUUUUCAGAUCUUGCCAAGCUUGAAGUCCUUAGAUGGAGUAAAAAGACUUCCGUCCGAUUCUGUGUUCGACUCAGAAGAAGAGCCAUCUAGGAUGUGUGUCAUCUGCUAGCACGCUGUUAGACUGGAUCACAGACAUUUGAGAUGCAUCUGUUAGUAAGAAUCGAAGACAUUCGGGACACAGCUGUUAGUCUGGAUUGCAGACUUUCAGUAUGCAGCUGUUAGUCUGGACGGCAGACAUUUAGGAUGCAGCUGUUAGUCUGGAUUGCAGGCUUUUGGGGUGUCAUACUAACAGAAAAACAUUAAGUGCCAGUCUACAGAGGCCAUGAAGAGACAUUACAAGGAGCUGGACUAGCUUGUGUACUCAAUGAUGCUGGGAGAGCAAAACUAUUUUAUGCUGUAAAUUUUUAUGUAAAAAGUUGAAUUUUUGAAUGUGUAAGAAGAGGAACAAAGUUCUCUUGUUUGUGCAAAUAUUUCUAAAUGGAAUGUCUUUCUUAAGAGUAAAUCUGAAUGUAAAUUUUUGUACUUUUUAUACCUUCUUCAAACUUAAUAAGGGAUGAUAUGCAAUCUUAGAGAAAUGGGUAUCUUCAAUCUUCUCCUAACACUAUGUUCCAAAUCGUUGAUAUGACUAAGUGGCAUACAUGUUCAUGUACAUGUAUUGUCUUGUGUGGGACAUAUAUUGGGCAUAUGGAUACAUACUUUCUUUACUGUGGAAAUUGAUGAUUUAAGUACCUAAAGCUUUAUACAUGUAUUUUCAUUCACAUUCUCCUCUAAGUAAAAUUGUCUUAUAAUUUGUACAGCCAUGUAUUGAUUAUUGACACUACAUCCAGUGUUUUUUUAGAUAAAAAGUAUUUACAUGUGUUGGUGUGUUUUGUACUUGUACAUUUAUAACUCACAAAUGUAUCAUGUUGUUAUAGGUUUAAAAGAAAAAGCAUUGUGUUUUCUUGUCUGAAAAACUACUUUAGCUGACCAACUCCCCUGCCAUGUUAUCUGUCUAUUUGGCCAAUUUCUACUCUUUCCAGCCACUCCUGAAGCCUGCUAUCCCAUCAUUUGGAUUCUGAUGUAGACUAUGAUUAUGUGCAUUGUGCAGAAAUGCACACAGUAACUUAUUUGUUUGCUAGGCUCAAAAUAUCUUUGGUUCCUGCCCUUUGGCCUGUAGUACAUGUACAUUGUAUGUUGGGCAACAAAAACCAAUAGAACAGUUCUAUGCAAAUGCCACAGGGUGCCCUAGCAUUGUAUCACCUGCUCCACAGUUGUAGCAUACUGUUAACAUCAAUAGUACUAUCCAAGCAUGUUAAUUUAGGCCAUUCUAGUAGUUAACAGGUCUUUGUACUCUUUGCAAUGUUUGCGUGGGGGCAGCUAUUAAGGGCUAACAUUUUGUUGGACCAGAAGAGAUUCGCUACAACUAAAAAUUGAAACUAAAUAAUCAAUAUUUUGUAAUUGGAAUUUGUAAUGUAUGUGCAAACAUUUUCAACCACUUUGUGAUGUUCAAGUUUUUUUCCUUAUAGAUUUUCUAAAAAUGCAUCUUUGAAACAUGUAAUAAGAAUGGGAAAUACAUGCAAUGAAUAAGAAAUAUGUCAACAGAGAUUGCAGCAUGUUUCUAAGUGCAGUUUGUAUAAUUAAUGUACAUAUUAGAUUGUUACUUCUGUAUAAAGUAUCCCUCAGCAGUCUGUACAGUGCAAUGUUUCAAUCUAUUGACUUUUAUCACUUUUGGAAUGGAAAAUAUAUUU